UGUGGCUGCAUUUCAGUUUCAUGACAUACAUUAAGUUAAUGUUAGAAGAAAAUGAUAAAUAUAUUUUUGAAAUGUUAUUUCGAAAACGAUUUCGGCAAGUUAGCGAGAGAUGGUUUGAACGAUAGGAGGAAAAGACGCGAGAUAGUUGAAUAUUUCAAUACAGUUGUGGAAGGAUGCACCCAAGGUCGAUCCAGCCAAAGCACAGCAAAAGAAGCCGUGACAUGUAUACUCCGGUAUCACGACAUCAUGAAGGAAACCAACAAUUCAAUAUGCCUCAUGGGAAAGUUUCAUAAUGUGCUUUACGUUGGAAUGAAGUUGGCCUUCGACUGGCAAGUCAAAGAUUCAGGAACCAUAGGAACACUUCUGGAGCAGAUAUAUACCUGUGAAAAAACUUUCGAACGCCUCUUUCUGGGUGCCAUCUUCGGCGUGAGGGCUCCAUAUUUUAUAGCAGGAUGGAAGAGCGACUUCCUCGAUCCCGAAGAAAACUUGAGAGCUGUUGUGUUUUAUUUAGAUCACGCAUGCACAGCUAGUUUGGAUUUUCAGAGUGACACAGGUUUGCUUAUGAGGAUGAUAGAUGUGCCUUUGGAAAACUGCGGAUAUUCAACACCUCUGAUGGUUUGUGUACAACUUGGAUUAGCUGAUAAAGUUCAUAUUUUUCUCAGGUUUGGAGCUCUUCUUCGAGCAGGAGAAAAAGACAGAGAAAAUGUGAGCGUAGUCCAGACUAUAAUUUUGAAACUGUCGGAAUUUAAUCACAAGUAUCCUUUUAAUUUCGUAUGUAUAUUGCAACUUAUUCUUAGAGUGAUACCAUCUUUGACUCCGCACUUGAAUGGAAUGUUGAGCUGCUUGGGAGAUCAGCAACAGAAGAUUCUUCUCGAAAAAUAUAAUACCCUUGUAGAGGAUGGAUUGAUACCACUGAGAAGAUCGGGUUUUAUGACACCUGAGCUAAAGCAUUUAUGUCGAUGUGAAAUAAGGAAAAGUCUAUGGUAUAAUCACCAGUUACCUACAGGAAUACAAGAGCUGCAUGUGCCUGAAUCUUUGAAAAGAUAUCUCGACAUUCUGCAAGAUUGAGUAUAAACACACAUUUUAAAUAUUCAUUGUAUUAUUCGCCUUUUUAUGAUUUUGUGUGAGCAUCCUUAGCUACAAAAAUUUGCCUCGAAAAAAUUGUGAAACAAAGCUUCAUAAAGAUGUUGCAAAAAAAUGUCCUUUUGUGAAUUGAAUCAAGAUAAUCCACUGAGAUUUGCUAGGAAGUUGAAUCGAGAAAUCAUGAAAACUUCCAUUUCGAGGGCCUUGGAAAUUUGUUCACCUUCCCUGGUGAGAAAACUACGAUUACCCUUGGUGGGUUCCUAAAGAGGCCCUCAAUUGAAUACUUUGUAGGAAUUAAAUGAAUCCCAGUUCGACC